GUAAAUAUUGGAUAACGUAUUGGAUAAAAGUCAGACGAUAGAUAUAAAAUAAUAUAUGUAGGUAUAUGUACCUACCAAAUAAUAUUGUUAAUUAUUAUAAAAUUUCAUCAAGAUGAAGCUAUUAGCAGUGUAUCUUAUUUGUUUAAAAUUGGUGUUCAGCUUGGAAUUGGAUUCCCAAUGUGACAACCGGGGGACGCUUGUUUAUGAAGAUAUGCACUGCAAGCCUAUAACGAAGGAAGGCCACAAAUGCCCUGUAGAAUUUAAGUGUGAUUUGGAAGCCAAAGGCAAUACUUGCAGAUUUAGAAACAGAGAUAUUCCUUUUGGUUCUUAUCUAUCUGACAACGAUACGUACAGCGCUUGUAGUGUAGGGUGUAGUUGUCAAGAAGAUAACUCUUUCGAAUGUGCUGAAUUGGAUUGCCCUGAAUACGAAAACCCGAGCCCCACCAGCAAUGACUGCUAUUUAAAGUAUAAACUUGGAGAAUGUUGCUCUGUAGGCAGAAUAUGUGCCAGAAAAGACCAUCCUGUCGAAUGCAAAACCGAUGGAGCGAUCCACAUGGAAGGCGAGGAAUUCUACCCACAAGGCACUUGUCUAAGUUGUGUAUGCGGAAAAGGUUUCGCUGGAAAAUAUACUCCGGAGUUUUGCCAGAGAAGGUCCUGUUUAGUGCAGGUUCAUAACAGAGAUAAAAUCAAAGAUAACUGCGCCCCCUUUUAUUUAUACGAUAAUGACAACCCGCUUUGUUGUCCCCAUUCAUGGGUUUGUCCAAGUACAAAUAUAACAAGGGUAGCUGCUAAUCCAAAAGCGGAGAAAGAUACAGGUUUGACUUGCAAAUUUGGAACGGACACGUAUAAACUAGGCGAAAGAAUGGAAACUGUCUUUAAGAGUUUCGAUAAUAAAGAUAGAAGAGUCCAAUGCGAAUGUAAGUUGCCACCUUUCCUCACUUGCAGACAAAAAAUAAUCUAUCUAUGAAGAAAUCAAUUUGGAUCUGAAGAUAUGUAACAUGAGAUAUUAACAGUUUUUAAUGACACAAGAAAUUUGCUGGAAAAUACAAUGUUUAUGUAAUAAAUAGAAAAUAAACAUCUUUUAAAAUUUGAA